AUGCCUUUUGUCCUUACUGUUAACCAAGGUCUUGAAGAUAAAUUGGUAUCCAAUCUGAUGUUGAUGGAAGAAAAAGGGUGGGAUGUAGAGAUCAUAGAAGAUAUGUUUGAAGAACGUGAUGCCCAACUGAUUUUGAGUAUUCAACUGAGUGACUCAACAACCGUGAAUUCAUGGCAUUGGAUGAUGGAAAAUUCGAGUUUCUAUACCGCCAAAAGUGCUUAUAAUUAUCUUCAAGCUUCAAGUGGUAGUUGGCUUCAUUUUGAUGAUGAGAGCUAUUGGAAAAGGCUUUGUAAGAUUGAUGUUCCUUCGAAGGUUCUUCACUUUUUGUGGAGGGCUUGUUCUCUCCCCACGAAAGUUCAACUUAGCACUAAGCAUGUGAAUGUCGAUCUUAUAUGUCCUCUAUGCAACGUCUACUAUGAGACGAUUUUUCACGUGCUUGUUGGAUGUCGGUUUGCCCAAGCUUGCUGGCACCUCUCGGCCGCUGUAGUUGCUACUGGUGUGGACGAGUUCAGCAGCUGGUUUUUCAGCCUUAUAGACAGCAAGCAAACUGAGUUCAGUCGGCAAGAAAGGCCCCUUGAUCAAUGGCGCGUUGCAAACAAGAACACAGCAACUUCUUUUGCUACUGGUGUACUUUCUAAUAGCAACAUUUGGCGCAAACCAAUGGGUGGAAAGAUCAAGGUAAAUGUUGACGGUGCUAUCUUUGAAGCUCAACGAAUGUUUAGUUUUGGUUGUGUGGCGCGUGAUCAUGCGAGUCAGCUCUUGGAAGCAAUUUCGGAUUCAAAAUUUGGAGUGGUGUUGCCUGAAAUUGCCGAAAUUGUUGGUAUGAAGGAAGCAUUAAGCUGGAUUAAAGAAAAGGGUGGGAGGAUGUGUUCAUCGAGACGGAUUCGUUAA